CGCUGGCUGCUGGGAGGAAGUUUGGUGUCUUCUCGGUAUGGCGGUUGCUGCUGCGUUGCGAGUGUCUGGCCGGCGGCUGGGUCUUAACGCUGUGGCGAGCAGGGCGUUCUGGGGUGGUGUGAGGAAGAAAGAAAAAGAAGUAGAAGCAGACAAAAUAAUUCAUCAAGAGAAAAAUGAGCCCAGCGUGAUCUGCCCCCCACCACGCAGCAGAAGCUAUCAUCCCCCGGAGAAUAUACAGAGCUACCUUGAGUCUCUCGUCAAGGAGAUUUUUGGACCCUCGCUGCCUGAUAAUUGGCAGCAGACAUCCCUCAAAGAUAACAGGUUAAAGUAUCGCCUGCUGGCUCAGCUGGCAGCAGAACUUGGUCACGCUGUCCCCAAUUCCCAGCUCUACCUGAUGCGCAGUGCUGAGGAUGUCUUGAAUUUCUAUAGCACUCCUGUGAAGGAUGAGUCCAAGUUUGAUGAACUGUGUGCUGCUGAGCUACCCCCAAACCUGAAGAUUAACUGGGAGCAGUGAGUUGCACCACGGAGCAUUGCUUUGUUUUACUUGUGUUUGUAAGGUAGGGCUGCAGAGAAGAAGCAGAGCCCUCUUAUUGUGGUAGCAACUGAAUUUAUGAAUAUCACUAAUAAAAUUUCAUUCAGUUGUC